AUGCGAAACCCAUUUCUCUUCUCAAGAGGCCGCUUUAUUUCAUUUACAGAUGCUCCAGAGCAAAUUGAGCUAGUUGCAAAGAGAAACCGCAUUGUUGCUAUUAAAAUUUCUGGUAAGUUUUUUCGGUGAUUUUUAUCUUUAAAAAUCCUCAAGUUUGAUGGAAGAAUGUUGGGAAAAAGAUACAGGCUAUUACACUGUUUGAUCCGGAAACGGAACAUCCUAUGGACGAGAAGCAAGCUUCGGAACAUAUAAAUGAAUUUUUCGCAAGCCUAACUGACAGAGGAUUUUAUCGAAGUGCAGGAUAAGUGGUUAGACGGUGGUUCCUCCGAGUCUUUGCCAGUUAUUAGGGAAGAAAGUGUAGAAAAGAAGUUAAAAGGACUUAGUGUUGGGAAGGCAAGUGCAUGGGCCGUACGAUCCCAAUAUUAAAGUGCUGAAGAUCGAUGUUUGCCAAGAAUUUUGCUAUUCCGUUAACAAACAUUUUCAAUGGAUCGUCCAGGUCACGAAUAUUCCCAAAAAUAUGGAAACAUAACAUUCGCGCAAUUCCAGAGGUUACACCAUGCUCCGCUGUAAAGGACCUGAGACCAAUUUCUCUUACCAGCGUCUUGUCUUAAUACAGGAGUCGUAUGCUAUAGAAUGGAUCAAUCAGGAUGUAGGGGCGAACAUCAAUGAAUCGCAAAAUGACGGGUUACCGGGAUCAUCUGCUGUGUUGGCCGUAAUUGUCAACCUUAUACAUAAAUGGUAUUUGGCCAUGGGGACGCCUGGCAAGUUAAUGCGGAUUAUAUUUCUUGAUUUUAGAAAAGCUUAUGAUUUGGUAGAUCACAAUAAGCACGUCGAGCACUUCUAUCAUGAGCCCCUGGCUCGAGUGAUUGAGUAGACUUGCUCCAAGUCUCUCUUUCAUUGUCAUAUAGUAUCGAUCCACUAUAGUGUACAUUACAUGACGUAGCACGGAGAGGCGGAGCGAGAAAGAGAGACUUGUCAACUUCGGAAAAUCUCAGUUCAAAACUGAACCGAAAAUGCAAGACUUGCUUUAAUUGUUUUCUGUCAGUGUUUAUAUGUAUUGAUCUAGCACAGUGUAAAUAACAUGAGUUCCAUUAUAGUAAAUAAUACAGAAAGAAAUUGAAGGAAAACAAUUAAAGCAAGUCUUGCAUUUUCGGUUCAGUUUUGAACCGAGAUUUUCCGAAGUUGACAAGUCUCUCUUUCUCGCUCCGCCCCUCCGUACUACGUCAUGUAAUGUACACUGUGGUGGAUCGAUACUAUAUGACAACGAAAGACUGAAAGAGAGACUUGGAGUAAGUCUAAGUCUAAUGAUUGAGCAAUCACACUCUGUGUCAUUCGACAUUAAAUAAAUUAUUCUAUUCUAUACAAACUCCUAUACAGGUCGUAGACUAGGAUGUUUAUUUAUUUAUAUAUGUUUUAUUAUAUAUUAUAUUUUAUCUUUCUAAGCAUUGAAACAGAUCAUGGCAGCAGCAGCCGGUGGUGUUGCAGGAGGUGUUGCCGCGGCCUUGGGCAGUAGUUCUGGAGAAUCAGAGAAUAUACCGAGAAAAGUGAACAACUUUAUUUGUCAAAUAUUAUCGAAGCUUGACAAGAACAGUAUAACAAAGAGAGAAAUGAAAUUAUGCGAAGCUUAUUGCUUAUUGUGGCAUCAUCGACGUCUUGGAACAGUGAAUGGAAGAAAAACGUCGAUCAAAUUGAUCUCUUGCGCUUAUGCUUCUGUUAUAUUGGAUCUUUGGGCUGCUGGCAAGAUUGAUAUAGAAGUAAGAGGAAAACUAACGGAUGAAUGUGUACAAGCAGUGAUAAAGGUAAUGAUGAAUGUGUUCAAGUAUCAGGUCAUAUUUCGUCCCUAUAAGUGCGAGUGGAUGAAAUUCCAGGACUUUCAAGGACCUGCAAUAAUUUUCAAAGACGUUAAGUUUCCAGGACUGUUUAGACUAGGGCAGACAUUAUGGUCCACAGAUUAAAUACCCUACACUUUCUUUUUGACGAAUAAAAUUGUCGCGGACUGAAACGUUUCGAUCUCCCAUUUUCAAAUUGAAAAAAAUGAACAAAUUACAUCAGUAAACGAUUCUAUCUAGCAUAAUGUGGUAUAAUUAACAAAUAAUUAUUGUAAAUGAGUUAAUUUCAGUGUUCUAGCCUAAUCAAUUACAUUAUUUUUGUUAAAUAUCAGGAUUUUUGGUAGCUAUCUCCAUUCACUUUAAUGUUGCAUUUUUCGCAGUUUAGGAAGUACACUAUUUUUGAGGGUGCUAAAGGGUAUUUUUGUCAGCCGUGAAUUGCCAGUAUUUGUUCUCGUAAAAUGACGGAUAUUUGUGUCGUGAAACAUGUUUAUACUAUUUAGGUACGGGACGCUACAAAAACUGGUUCAUUUCUGGAUGCAGCUGGUUUCAGUGAGAUGAUCGAAGUGCAUGAGCGUGGAAAAAUGAAGUACCUACAAAACUGGAUCGAAUAUUGUGUCAUAGGAGAUGCUGACAAAAACUGUGUUUCAGUUGUUCUGGAUUAUUUUGUUGAGAAAGGGAUUAUUGGCAAAGAAAGCAAGUGGUUUGGAAUGCAACGAACAUAUCCUACCAUAGAUAAAG